AAAAUGAAUUUUUUAUUGGUAACUGUCGUUUUGAUCCUGGCUGUGUCAGCCGAGGAAAGUAUUCGUAAUGAUUACCACGAAACGGUCGGGAUUCCUAUGGCAGCAAGAAUUAGGGAGGCGGAAGCAGCUUUGGACUUCGAUGGCUCCAGAAUCUCUGGCGGGCAAGUCGCUGCUCUUGGGACAUUCCCAUACUUUGCUGGCCUUUUAAUAAUGUUGCUGAACGGCAGGCAGUCGGUAUGCGGGUCCACUAUCGUAUCCAGAACUAAGCUGGUGACGGCUGCACAUUGCUGGAGAACAGACAGACAUUUCGCCCACCACUUCGUAGUGGUAAUGGGUUCCGUUCGCCUUUUCAGUGGAGGAGUUCGUCAAAAUACCAAUAGGGUUGAGAUGCACGCUGACUAUAACAGCAUAAAUCUUAAUUAUGAUAUCGCUAUCAUUACUCUUAUAAAUCCCGUUACUUUUAAUAAUAAUAUUGGUUCAAUCAACAUUGCAAGUGGAAGCAACAACUUUAACGGCGUUUGGGCCUCGGCAGUUGGAUUUGGCAUGACUAGUGAUUCUGCUAGCAUCGGCACAAAUCAAGUAUUGAGUCACGUCAAUAUGCAAGUCAUAGCCAACAACGUCUGUGCUCAGGUCUAUGGUAGCAACGUUGUUAUAGAUUCAACCCUUUGUGUUGCUACCACUGGUGGAAAGAGCACCUGUGGCGGUGACUCUGGCGGACCUCUUACUGUAGGCACAGGCAACAACCGACAACUAAUUGGUGUCACUUCCUUCAGUCAUAUCAAUGGUUGCACUAGAGGCCAUCCCGCGGGUUUCGUUAGAGUCACAGCUCUGGCUUCGUGGAUCAAUGCUCGCAUAUAGUUUAAUCGAAAAUGUGAGAAAAAGUUUCAAUAUACGAUAUGGAAAUUAAGAAACCU